AUGAUUUGUAGGGUUGUUGCUGCUCUCUUGGUGGUCUCUGUGGCCAUAGCAUCUGCUGGUCCUGUCGGCGUUCCACAAAAUGCAGACAUCAACAGUCAAGAUCUUCAGGAUGCCUUGAAAUUUGCAGUGCAACAGUACAACAAAGUCAACCAAGAUGAGUACCUGAGUCAGGUUUUGAAAGUUGUUUCUGGUAUGAAGUACAUCUUUACUGUUGAGAUGGUUAGAACUUCCUGCAAAAAAGGUAAAACUGGAUCCAGCUAA